UGUACGGUAAGCUCGAACGAGCGUUCACGGUCUCCUGAAAAAUUAGAACUCGAUCCACUGAUUCGAACGCCGCGUCGAAUAAAUCGAUUUACGCGCCACGUAAAUUGCGACGGAAGGAACGUUGAUAGAUCGUUCUCGCACACGCGUUUCCUUCUGACAACAAAUUAUCCGCUGUUUGACAAACUGUUCUCCGUGAUAACGAGUGGCUCGUGGUAAUGGUACGAGCGACUUAAAACACCUGUAUAUAGUGGAACAGAAAGUUUCACAGGUACGUCGCUCGAUCGUUACGGGCUGCGCAACGAUCGCUCGUUUACCUCGCCGACCAUCGAAAUACGACAAAUCGUCGAGAGCAACGUCGCUCGAAGAGACGAAGAUUCUUCUUUUUUCAAAGUUUUUCCAAACGAUUCUUUACUCUUGUUCCGUGUAUACGAUCGUCGAGUAAAGUUCAACCGGUCGCGUCGCUACACCGAAGCGAUGCUUUUUCCCGCGCACACGGAUAUUCGUAUUGUCGAGGUUAUUGGAUGUAUAAAGAGAGAAACGCGUGGAUAAAUCGUAAGGUAGAAAAUAUAUUUUAAUACAGAAGUGUAAGUACGAGUAGGAAUAUAGUUCGAGCUGGUGCAGAUCCGCGCGCUAACAGUGUUACCCUAUAACUGAAAACCCCGAAGCCAACGUCGCCUGUCUGCUGUUUACGGUCAGCCUUUGUCCAAGUCUUUCGUCUAUACGCUGUCGAUUUCGAGAAAACCAAAAGCUUCGAUAAUCGUACGUACGGAUCGAUAUUACGAGAUUAUUGCGCGCCAGUCUCAAUGUCGCUGUUCUUCGAUGAAACGUACCUCUGGCGCAUUGCGCAAUCGGAUUGCGUAAAAUUCAUCGAUAUCUCGCUCGACGAGAGAAUGCCGGACCGUGUGACACGACGGAUAAGGCGAAAAAGGUAGGGGGACGGUGGUUCGCUAUUUCGGAUGGUAUUCGACGAAAAGGUGGUCGAGCGAAUACGAGGAACAGGAUGGUCGUUUCUAUAGCUGCCAUUGAAAAUGACACCGAUCCACCAGGUAGUUUCACUUUCCAGCGAAUAUAUAAUUUCCAUGCUUUUCCGGGUAAAUUCUCGAACGAUGGGGAAUCUCGAGUCGCUGCGGGCUUUCGCCUGCCUCUGGAGAAUCUAUCGCGUCGUCGUUUCGCGUCGAAAAUUACCGUUUAACGCGAUACGACAAUUUCGCGAGAAUCUUUCACAUAAUUUUGCGUAACGCCACGCGGAGUCGGUGGAGGUUUCGCGGAUCGGAGAAGCGAAUAGUCGCUACUCGGUAACGAAGCUCGUGCGAGUAGCGCAAAAGGCCGAGCAACGUGGUAUUUGAAUAAAAAGGCACCCGUUUCGAGAACUCCAUACUUUACCUUCCGUUCGAACGAACUUGAAAAAUCCAUCGUAUUUCCGUAAAGCGAAGUUCGAGUUGGGAAAAUGGCGUUCGUCGAAUCGGUCGGUGCUCGAAAAGAGUAAGAAAAUUCGGUACAAACGAGACGCGUCGCGCCGAAAAGUCAAACGGGCGCGCUCCCGUGGAGGAAGGGGCAAACAACGAGGAAACGGAGAGAGAGUUCAUCCCCGAUCGAUCGACGGUCGUUCGGACACGGUGACCUCGAUCCUCGGUCCGACGUCUCCUUUCACUCGAGCACUUCUUUCGAGAGCUCUUUCUCGCACCGGCGCUGCCAAGGAACGUGAUUGCAUUCUAUCGCGUUCGCUGGAGUACGCAGGCUCGACGUCGUGUUACCUGCCAGACCGACGUUUAGAUUUCACUUUCAUAAGAUCGGCGGCAGCAAAGUCGAUCGAUAUCCGCACCCUCGAACAAGGAUUACGCGCGCACUGCGAGUAUACGAGAGGAAGAUCUGUUUUUUGAUGUAAACGAUGUGGAGUACGAAGGACAUCCUAGCGAAGCUGUGUAUCCUGCUGUUUCUUUGCGAACACGCAACGUGCCUCGUUAUUCCGGAGGAAUUGCCCACCAUACUUUCGCUCAUCUACUCCAACAUCCCACCGAUAAAGAAAGGUACCGACUCGAGGAUAGGCGUUGGUUUCCGGCUUGGCGAACACGCGGACUUCCAGAUGCUGUUUGAGUUGGGACCGCAAACGGAAACCGAGCCCAUUAGCAAUGCCGGCUCGAAGAGACGUCGAGACGCGAUGUUCAGCGCGGCGAUGAGAGGAGAGCUCGGAUCGCUGGCUCAGGCAGUGGCCAAGUACCAGUUGGAGCGCAAAUUACAGAAGGAAUUGGAUAGAUCGAAGAAGACGGAGAAGAAGUCGAAUGCAGUGGCUACGCCAGCAAACGACGACAAAAACACUGUCGCCAGCGAAUGGCUAACCAAGUGGAGCAAGGAUAUGGGCAAGUCGUCAGAGGAUCGAUCGUCUACGGGAGACGUUUCGGUUGAGAAGAACGUGUCGACGCCCGCGAAAAUUCAAACCGUACAAAGGAUAAGACAAAGUUCGCAAUCGAAUGAGAAGAGAAAUACGAUUUCCGACUUGAAACAAUUGUACAAAUCGCAGAGUGAUACGGAGAUAGAGAAGAGAAUUACCUAAUCGUAAUACGUUAAUCGUUAGUAAGGUACGUUCGUCGUGGAUUUUGUAGAUAGAUCGUUCGUUAGCUAUAUAUAUAUAUAUAUAUAUA